GUUCCAAAAGUGUUAAACUCUCGAGGAAAGUUGCCCGAGAGAAAACUUCAGAAGUAAGUGUUUGAUAGACAUUUAAUUAAGUAAAGGUUGAGAGGCACCAGUACGUCCAUUUGUGAGAGAAGAAGAUCAAAGGGUAAAGACAGAGAUUUUGUAGUGAUAAGUUAACAACAUGGCAACAAAAGUAGCCUUCUCUGGUCUUCUUAAGGGGAUUUAUGAUCACUUUCCAUCUUUCUCACGCAAAACUGAAUCAGGAGAUGAGAUUUUGCUAGAUCCGGUGGAUGCUGAAUUUGAUGAAAAGUUACUGUUGCAAGAGGGUCUAAAGGCUUCUUCGAUCGGAUUUCAAAUACCAAGCAACGUGUCACCAUCAACUCCGUCCAGGACCAAUAUGGAAGCAAUUUCUGAACAUGAGGUUGAACCAUCAUCCUUAAGUUCCUGUGACGUUUGCCUGAAAAGGAAAGAAACUGAUCAGGGCAUAAAAACUGAGAGCUCUGGUCAGAUAUUUUGCUUAGGCUGCAGCAAAACUAUCAAAUUGUCAGAAAAUCAAUGGCCAUGCAACAAAAAGUUGAGUUUCGACAUGAGUUCUAGAAAUGACACUGGCAAGUCUCUCACUGCUGAUGACAGUGGCAGCAAUAAUAAUCCAACUCCCAAGACUGAAACUGAACCAGCUAGUCGUGGUAAAGCGAAGAUUAUUAGUCUCAAUUCAGCACAAGAUGAGUAUAGGAAAAGAGAUGAAAGCAUUGCUGGAAAACAGGAGGUUACUCCACAGAGUCCCAAUACUAAAGCACAGGAAGAUAUAGGUGCGGAUCAGAAUUCAGACAUUACACUUAAUCUUAAUUCUGAAUUGCUGGUCAGCAAUGGAAACGGAGGGGCUUUGGAUGAUAGCAAGAAGAGCAGAUUGUCCAAGGGAUUGGCAAUUCCACUUAAUCUUAAUUCUGAAUUGAUGGUCAGCAAUGGAAACGGAGGAGCUUUGGAUGAUAGCAAGAAGAGCAGAUUGUCCAAGGGAUUGGUACCUGUGAAUGUCAAUAAACCUAUUGAGCAGUUUUACUGUCCUGCAUGCAAAGAAGUUUCUGGUGACAUCAAAUGGUACCAAGGCCUGCCGGCCCUGAUAUCACAUGCCAAAGACACUGAAGAUGGGGGUAAACUCCACUGGAAACUCGCACAUCUGUUGACAACGAACUUCAGCAAAAAGGGAGCUUCUGAAAGUUCUGCUGGUGAAGUGUUGAGCAAAUGGAAAGGUCUAAACGAUGAGAAGAAAGAUCAUGAGAUCGUUUGGCCUCCUAUGGUUGUUGUUAGGAAUACAGCAAGCCUUAAAAAAGACGAGAACAAUAAGCGGAGUGGCAUAGCAGAUCAGGAACUCCUUGACUUGUUCAGCUCAUAUGAUGCUAUCGAGAAGGUUCAACAAGCAUACAAUUCGGACGGACAUUGUGGUAUGAGUAUGUUGAUUUUUGAGGGAUCAGCUAGAGGCUAUUUAGAGGCAGAGCGCUUGGAUAGACAUUUUUCUGAUCAAGGUACAGGUAGAAAUGUUUGGAAUCGAAGUCCACUCUACCUUCUAUCUAGUUGGGAGCUCCAACUUCACGGUUACAUGGCAGAUAAACAAGACGUGGAUCUCUUCAACGAGUAUUCAACAGGUGAACCCAAGCUGAAAUGUGAAAUCAGAUCAUACCAAGAGAUGAUUGUGAACCGGAUCAGGCAAAUGAGUGAGGACAAUCACCAGAUUAUCUGGCUGAACAACAGGGUAGCUGAAGAACGAAGGCAUGGAGAACUUCUUGAAAAAUCAAAUGGCAUAAUGAGGGAGAGCCUGAAAAAGGCAAGGAAGGAGAUUGAUAUUUUGAGGAAGAAAAUUAAAUUGCAGCAUAAACAGAACAUGGAAGAGAUGGAUUUUCAAGAACAAAUUUUCAAGGACAGCCAAAUAAAGAUUAUUCUUGAAGAAAGAGGUAAGAAGGGAGGGGAUCUUAAGAGCUCCAAGAAAGACAAGGAGCAUGAAAAUGUCCGUGAAUCGAAUGGAAGUCCUUCAAAUACUCAGGAUGAAAAAUACAGAGUGCAAGAAACUGCCAAGUUCGAAGAGAAUGAAGUGAAAGAAAAGGAAGCAUCUGACACAGGUCAGCUACUAGAAGAACAUGGAGGACAAGAUGCACUCAAGGAAGAAAAGUGUGAAUCAUCUACAAGUACCUGUGAGAUUUGCCUGGAAAGGAAACAAACUGAUCAGAUCAUAAGAAAUGAGACCUCUGGUCAGAUAUUUUGCUUAGGCUGCAGCAAAACUGUCAAUUUGUCCGAAAAUCAAUGGUCAUGCAGCAAAGAGUUGAGUAUAGACAAGGGUUCUAGAAAUGACGCUGGCAAGCCUCUUACUGCUGAUGCCAGUGGCAGCAAUAAUAACCCAAGUCCCAAUACUGAAACAGAACCAGUUAGUCGUGGUAAAGCGAAAAUUAUGGGUCUCAAUUCAACACAAUAUGAGUAUAUGAAAAGAGCUGAAAGCAUUGCUGCAAAACGGGUGGGUACUCUACAGAGUCCCAAUACUAAAGCACAGGAAGAUAAAGGUGUGGAUCAGAUUUCAGACGUUCCACUUAAUCUUAAUUCUGAAUUGAUGGUCAGCAAUGGAAACGGAGGAGCUUUGGAUGAUAGCAAGAAGAGCAGAUUGUUCAAGGGAGUGGCACCUGUGAAUGUCAAUAAACCUAUUGAGCAGUUUUACUGUCCUGCAUGCAAAGAAGUUUCUGGUGCCAUCCAUUGGUACCAAGGCCUGCCGGCCCUGAUAUCACAUGCCAAAGACACUGAAGAAGGAGGUAAACUCCACCGGAAACUCGCACAUCUGUUGACAACGAACUUCAGCAAAAAGGGAGCUUCUGAAAGUUCUGCUGGUGAAGUGUUGAGCAAAUGGAAAGGUCUAAACGAUGAGAAGAAAGAUCAUGAGAUCGUUUGGCCUCCUAUGGUUGUUGUUAGGAAUACAGCAAGCCUUAAAAAAGACGAGAACAAUAAGCGGAGUGGCAUAGCAGAUCAGGAACUCCUUGACUUGUUCAGCUCAUAUGAUGCUAUCGAGAAGGUUCAACAAGCAUACAAUUCGGACGGACAUUGUGGUAUGAGUAUGUUGAUUUUUGAGGGAUCAGCUAGAGGCUAUUUAGAGGCAGAGCGCUUGGAUAGACAUUUUUCUGAUCAAGGUACAGGUAGAAAUGUUUGGAAUCGAAGUCCACUCUACCUUCUAUCUAGUUGGGAGCUCCAACUUCACGGUUACAUGGCAGAUAAACAAGACGUGGAUCUCUUCAACGAGUAUUCAACAGGUGAACCCAAGCUGAAGUAUGAAAUCAGAUCAUACCAAGAUAUGGUUGUGAGCCGAAUCAAGCAAAUGAAGGAGGACAAUAACAAGCUUAUCUGGCUGAACAACAGGGUAGCUGAAGAACAAAGGCGUGCAGAACGUCUUGAAGAAUCAAAUGGCAUAAUGAGGGUGAGCCUGGAAAAGGCAGCGAAGGAGAUUGAUGUUUUGAGAAAAAAAUUAAAUUGCAGCAAGAACAGAACAUAGAAGGGGUAAUGGUUUUAAAUUAAAGUGGCCACAGUGUGUGUUGUUCUUA